UUUUUUUUUUUUUUCUUUCUUUUCUUCGGCUUUACCCUGGCCGGUUGUAAUUUUACGGUUUAGUUGAGAGAGUCUUGCCAUUGAUACACCAUGGACCCAACUCACCCAGACAUAGAGGCCCAUGGCGUUGCAUAUGAUGAACCUCAAGGUCGACGAACAGGAGCUCAUGUUACAGGAAACUCUCUGAGCCCAGAUAAUAAUACGACAAACGCCAGACGCCCUACUAACUUCAAGCGUCAAAAAUCACUUGUCAGGCCGGAACGUGAACGUGUUGAUCGCAACCAUCCACAGUACUACUAUCGAAAUGCCACGCAAAAUCUCGAUGGUUCAAACAUCAGAGUUCAAGCAUCAACGACAGGUACAGAUCCUACAGGGGCGACCCUGAGCCGCACUGGUGUACGCCGCGGAAAGAGUGUACUUGGCCGCGAGCCUGAGAAGGCCGGUCAACCUCGUCUCAAAGCAAAGCCUGCGCCGAAGAAUAAAUUUGUUGACAUCAAAGCAUUAAACAAGGAGAAGGAAUGGCCAUCCAAAUGGGUGAUUUAUUAUAAUGCGAUUACCUGUUGUUUCCCUGCGGCGCUUCUCAAAUCAUGCGGAAUGCAUACCGCUGAAAUUCAGCGAGCAUGGCGCGAAAAGAUUGCACUCGUUUCACUGAUUAUCAUGAUGGUACUGGCAGUGGCCUUCUUAACGUUCGGAUUGCAACAAGCUUUGUGCAGGGACAAUCAAAGCGGGAAAUAUGUUGCUGGAUCACGGCCGGAGAACGUCAUUAUCCAUGGCAAGGGUUAUUACUUUAAUGCUGAAAAGUCUCGUUAUGGCGGAAUUGUCUGGAUGCACCCUGCCAUUAAUAAGGACAUCUCGAAUGAGCCUGUUGAUAUUAUGAAUGCCCCUGAUUACGGUGCCAAGGGCAUGGACGCUUCGUUUUUGUUCCAGGAUCCCGCUGGCGGUGCUUGCGAAGGCUUUAUCAGGCGUUCAGCUCCUCCAGCUGGUGAUGAUCCUCAGGCCAAUUAUUACUUCCCAUGUGUUAUGCGCAACGUCGAUGGUUCUACGUCGGUCAACAAUGCAGCAGACAAAAACGCAGUAGCAGCUUGCCAUAUUUCUAACCGCAAUGUCUGGUAUGGCCUUGCGAAGCAAUCAGACGCUCCAACUUAUUACACUUGGGGCAACAUCACCAAUUCGCAGCGCAACUUCUUCGCUUAUGAUGGCGAUGUAAUUGAUGCAGAUAUUCUCAAAUGGAUCAAACCCGAAUUUACUCUUGAUGAGCGUAUCUCAGCACUCUUCAAUGGAACUAUUGGUCUUCAACGAGACCUCUCUUUCAUGUUUGCACAAAGGAAUAUGAUUAACUUGGGCAAAUGCCUCAAGCAGAUUGCGAGAGUUGGAGCAAUGGAUUCGAAGACUAUUGGCUGCAUGACUUCAGAUGUUAUUACUUAUGUGUCGCUAGUCAUUAUCUUGGGCGUUGUCUUUAUCAAGUUCUUCUUGGCCGUCUUCUUUGGCUGGUUCUUGAGUCAUAAGCUUGGUGGUUUUGAUAAUGAGACGUACCAAGACCGCAUGAAGCGUGCAGAACAGAUCGAAGCCUGGAGCUCCGAUAUCAAUCGACCUGCAUUCAGUACGAAACGUCAAACUUUCUUUCCCACCACAUCACGAUUCACUCCUACAACCCCUACAGGUUCAUCCAGCGCUCUCAAUGGCUCAUCCCUUGGCCAGCCAAGUUCUCGUCCUUUGUCCACUUUCAAUCGCCCAACUAGUGUUUUUAAGCCGUACACCCCACCUGGCUCACCCGGCGCCAAUCCAGCCCAUCUGUCUGCUUCAAACACAUCCUUGAGCAGAGCCUCAUAUUUUAACCAGCCUAUGGGUCCCAAUGGAACUCCACCUCCAUCACCGCCACCUCUACCUGGCGCCAUCAGGCCAUCUAGUGUAGCUAGUUUUGGAGGUCUGCGACAAAUGUCUCGCCGCUCCUCUACCUCAUCGUCGACUGCAACCCAGCCAUCUAACUGCCCACUCCCCUUAUCGCCCUUUUCUAUCGCACAGCCUCCAGUUUCGUACCAACCUUUCAAUUUCCCGUUGAUCCACACCAUGGCGCUGGUCACCUGUUAUUCGGAAGGCAUUGACGGUUUGCGUACAACCCUGGAUUCGAUCGCAACCACAGAUUAUCCCAAUUCACACAAGUUGAUCGUUGUUAUUUGUGAUGGUAUGAUUAUUGGAGCUGGUAAUAAUAUGUCAACUCCUGAUAUUUGUCUCUCGAUGAUGCAAGACGACCUUAUUCCCCGAGAUGAAGUGAUGGCACACUCAUAUGUGGCCAUUGCAGACGGUACGAAGCGUCAUAACAUGGCCAAGGUUUAUGCUGGCUUUUACAAAUAUGACGACGAGACUGUUCCAGAUAAAAAGCUCCAAAAGCGCGUUCCCAUGUGCCUUAUUGUUAAGGUCGGAGGUCCUACAGAGCAAAACAUGCCCAAGCCUGGAAAUCGUGGAAAGCGCGACUCUCAGAUCAUCUUAAUGGGUUUCUUGCAGCAUGUCAUGUUUGACGAGCGCAUGACCUCAUUCGAAUAUGAAUUGUUCAAUACGAUCUGGCGUAUCACAGGUGUAGCUCCAGACCGAUACGAAAUUGUUCUCAUGGUGGAUGCUGAUACCAAGGUCUAUCCAGAUUCGUUGUCCCGCAUGAUUGCCGCCAUGGCCCAUGAUUAUGAGAUUAUGGGGCUGUGUGGAGAGACCAAGAUCGCUAACAAAACCGAUUCGUGGGUUACUAUGAUUCAAGUCUUUGAGUACUACAUUUCUCAUCAUAUGUCCAAAGCAUUCGAAUCCAUGUUCGGAGGCGUCACAUGUUUACCCGGAUGCUUCUGCAUGUACCGUAUCAAGGCACCCAAGGGACCUAAUGGUUACUGGGUCCCCAUCUUGGCCAACCCUGACAUUGUGGAGCACUACUCAGAGAACGUUGUUGAUACAUUGCACAAGAAGAACCUGUUGCUGUUAGGAGAGGAUCGUUAUCUGAGUACACUUAUGUUGAGGACCUUCCCUAAACGCAAGAUGAUGUUUGUGCCCCAAGCCAUCUGCAAGACUGUUGUUCCAGAUACAUUCAAGAUUUUACUAUCACAACGUCGUCGCUGGAUCAAUUCGACCAUUCAUAACCUGCUGGAGCUAGUUCUCGUCCGCGAUCUCUGCGGAACCUUUUGUUUCUCGAUGCAGUUUGUUAUCUUCAUGGAGUUGGUCGGAACAGUGGUCUUACCCGCCGCUAUCUCUUUCACAAUUUAUCUGUGUACGAUCUCGGUUUAUCGCGCCAUCUCUCAUGACGAAUCAAUCCCCGACACGACGGUGCCUCUGCUUUUAUUGGCGGCUAUUCUGGGUUUGCCUGCUGUCUUGAUUGUGAUGACAUCACGUAAGAUGGUAUAUGUCGGCUGGAUGAUGGUCUACUUGUGCUCGAUCUUUGUUUGGAACUUCGUUCUACCAGCAUAUGCUUACUGGCACUUUGAUGACUUCAGUUGGGGUCAGACUCGUAUGGUAGCUGGCGAAACAGCCGGUGCCGACCACGGCGGAAAAGAGGGUCAAUUUGACAGCUCCCAUAUCACCAUGAAGCGGUGGGGUGAGUGGGAGAGAGAGCGCCGUCAAAAGGCAGCGGUCUUGGCAGGCUUGCCAGCCCCACAUUUCACACAGGCUUCAGAUUCAGGUGAUGACUGGAAUAGUACUGCUAACGGUAUGAGUGGCAGUGGAGGAGCAGUUCGGGAGGAAGAAUUGUCAGAUGCCAGCUCCAAUUCGCGCAGGACUGGAGAUAGUGGGAAGCCCUUCGGACAUAUGAGCCAAGGGUCUACAGGAUCGAUGAAUGCUAGUGGAGGCUACACUCUGACAGAUCCAGGCUUCCCUGGUGCACCGGGCAUGGAUUCGAUCCCCUUACUGAAUAUGCAUGCCCCUGCUCCUGGCGGCACCAUUGGUCGUCAACGUGUCUCACAGUUUAAUCCAUAUGUCUCUGGUGUUCCUGGAACUGAAAAUCGCAUGUCCGGUUUCAUAACACCACAGUCACGUCAAUUCACGUCCUCGCCCAAGAUGAGCAGUAAUCUAGCUACAUCAAGUUAUACACCGCCUCCCCCUCCCCCUGGAGUCCGUCUCGGAUCAAUUGAUACCAAGGCUCCAACCCCAAUGCUCAUGAUGGCAGCUGGUGCCUCUAGAACUGCAUUGUCAGGGCCUAACCAAGCUCAAGUUCAAGAUCCAGCACCUGCAUCUGGUACUUCUGGCUCAGACCCUAUGCGCCAGUCUUCGGAUCGGCCAAGCGACCUACAAUAAGCAUUUCAACAAAAACAAAUACCAGUGAAUUUCGUAUGUAUUUUGCCAUAUGAUUUAUUAGAAUAUAUCUGAAAAUAUGCACUCUCUAUUCUAUCUUUCACACCAUAAACCAUAAAUCCAUCUUUACUCUCAUAAUUCGAUAAUAUUCAAUAAACUACUACCGCCACUACUACAGCUACU